AUGACGCGGAUUUACGACACGGACUCUAAAUGUUCCUCUUGUCAUGAGCCCGGUCAGUUUGGGUGGCUCUACCAGUGUACACAGGAUCAUGAGAAGAUGAUUGUGGAGAAACUGCUAACUGGAAAGCAGCCAUGCAUGGACUACUUGGAUUUCAGCUUUCGCAAGAGCAUGGUUAUUCGAAAAGGCAGCGCAGAAGCUCGACGCGACAAACUUAGCUUUCUUCAAGAACUCACUCCCGAGCAGAUGGCAUCCUACCGACCAGAUCAAAUUGCAACUAUCCUAAGACAGCGAGAGGAAUUAAAGGACGUUAUUGCAAAGGAGGAACGACAAAAAAGCACCUCGGCUCUGUUUAGCAACCUUCUUCCACCCCUGGGCUUCGAGUCUUCUUUCAAUGACAGGGUACAACGGACCUUUGAUGAAGACGCCCUUUGCCAGUACAAGAUCUGCCAAAGGUGCCGCCCUGUGUGCGUUGAUCGGGCAUUUUUGAGCCUCAAUGCAGUCGCCGAUGGCGAGAUUACUCCAACAGCUGCUGCCGGUUUUGGAUUCGAGUCUCUAGGCGGAAGGCCAGUCAUUGACAAAGAUGUUGUUAGACAUAUUGACGAGCACCGCCCGAGAAUCGGCAAUCGUCAAAUGAUGGAACUGCUUGACGAGCAGAUCGCCCGUAUGCUCACAAGUCACAAUCAGAACCAACCUUUUCGGAACGGGCUUAGGGGUGCAAUCUCUGGACUCAGAGGAGCACGGCAGUUGCCUACUGUCAAGAACGUUACUGCAAGAAGGCAACGUAUGCGCGACGAGGAGAAGGCCUUGGCCGACGCCGCUCAGGGUGAUGCAGAGGCUAUUGCAUCGACGCCUGACUUACUGGGAAACCCUUGGCCAUGGCUGGCUACUUUCCAGGUGCCCGACGAGCAUGAAGAUGAUCAAACCCACGGUCAGCACCCACGACAGAGAGGGCGCGCCACACGGAUUCCCCGUCCCACUACUCCUGGUCCGAGAUCCGCACGUCGCCGUUUGACUGAUCAACUGUUGUCUAGUACGUCUAAUAUCCCUCCUCUUGACGGAUAUUCAUGGAGCCUUUUUGGUGGCGCUGAAAAUACUGUCUCAACAACCACCUCCUCCCUCAGCGAUGCUUCCAAUAUCAAGUCCUCAGGGGCCGAGAAUGAAGGCAACAGUGGAGAACCAUCGCCUAUGUCACUCGGAACUGGCCAUGGUGUUGCGAUGACAGAGGAGAGCAUUGAGGCUAGAGUUCCCGAUGUGGUAACUCAAGUGUAA